GAGAGUUGAUCCACUCACUGGAAGUCUGGAACAGUGGAACCCUUUCCUCCCUGACACACAGACACGCCGCGCCGCCGUCCGUCGCCCGCGGCCGGAGCGCCUUCCUUCGCCUGUAGCCCUCUACUGCGCCGCUAGAGCCGUCCUAUCCCGACCUCCUAGGACCUACCUGGGCGCCGCGCGCCGCCACACUGCAGAGGCCAGAGGAUCGCCGGGCACCCUGGCUGCUGCGCCACCGCACCGGAGAAAAGAUCCAGCCGCCGGUUCCAGCCGUCCGCCUGCCGCUCCUCUGUUCGCCACUCCGCCUUCCUCCGCCGACCAUCCCUCUCCGCCGUCCGCCGAGCAGCCCUCUUUGCCGCUCGCCGAGCACGAGCAGCCCCCCUCCUCCGGCCGCCGAGACAGCCACGCCAUCCUCUCCCUCUGCUGCCCCGCCAUUGGAUCCUCGCCUCCGCGCGACGAACCCUUCCUCCAGCCUCCGAGGACGGCUGCUGUCCUGCUGGUCGGGUCCUAGCUCGCUGUCCGCCGACGCCACUGCUUCCUCUCCUGGCUGGCUGCUACCAGCACCUCGACAGACAACCAAACCAUUGAUCUGGGAUAGGACAAGAAAAUAAAAAGCAGAGACUACCUGGGAUCUGAAAUGCCGGCAGUAGCGCCUCCCUCUGCCAUGUGUGGGGCGCUGGAACAAACGAUCGUCUCUCUAUGCCAUGUGUCGGGUGCUGGGACAAACGGUCGCCUCUCUCCUGUCACUGGAUUAGAGAGGAAAUAGAUCAGAUUUCCCUCGCAAUGGAUAAUCAAGGCAGAAAGCACAGGAUUUUGAUGGUGUCUGACUUUUUCUUCCCAAACUUUGGUGGUGUGGAAAGCCACAUCUAUUAUCUCUCACAAUGCCUGCUUAAGCUUGGCCAUAAGGUUGUUGUCAUGACACACGCGUAUGGAAAACGCUCUGGAGUACGAUAUGUUACUGGUGGCUUGAAGGUUUAUUAUGUGCCAUGGAGGCCAUUCCUCAUGCAGAAUACGCUGCCUACAUUAUGGUUGACGUUUCCAAUUAUAAGGACCAUUCUUAUUCGAGAGAAGAUUUCUGUUGUGCAUGGACAUCAGGCCUUUUCAACACUUUGCCAUGAAGCAUUGAUGCAUGCUAGGACAAUGGGGUACAAAGUUGUCUUCACAGAUCACUCGCUUUACGGUUUUGCUGAUGUUGGAAGCAUUCACAUGAAUAAGGUGCUGCAGUUUACUCUUGCAGAUAUUGAUCAGGCCAUAUGUGUGUCUCACACAAGUAAAGAGAACACUGUAUUGAGGUCUGGGAUAUCUCCAGAGAAGGUUUUCAUGGUUCCCAAUGCAGUGGAUACUGCAAUGUUUACUCCCUCCCCCAACCGCUUAAGCUGUGGUGAAAUUGUUAUUGUUGUGAUAAGUAGAUUAGUAUAUCGAAAAGGGGCUGACCUUCUUGUUGAAGUCAUUCCAGAAGUAUGCCGUCUGUUUCCAAAGGUUCGCUUUAUUGUUGGAGGUGAUGGUCCAAAACGUGUGCGACUUGAAGAGAUGAGGGAGAAGUUCUCCCUUCAGGACAGAGUUGAGAUGUUAGGGGCUGUACCUCAUGCUCAAGUGCGUUCUGUUCUGGUAUCUGGUCAUAUAUUUCUGAACAGUUCGCUUACAGAGGCAUUUUGCAUAGCCAUUCUGGAAGCAGCGAGCUGUGGGCUGUUGACAGUAAGCACGAGAGUCGGAGGUGUUCCAGAGGUUUUACCAGAUGACAUGAUAGUACUUGCAGAACCAGAUCCAGAAGAUAUGGUACGAGCUGUAAAGAAAGCUAUCGACAUCCUUCCUGGCAUAGACCCCCAAGUCAUGCAUCUUCGAAUGAAGAAACUUUAUAGUUGGGAUGAUGUGGCCAAAAGAACCGAGAUUGUGUAUGAUCGGGCAAUGCAGUCCUCAAAUACAAAUUUGCUAGACCGUCUUCCUCGGUACCUCACAUGUGGAGCCUGGGCAGGCAAACUGUUUUGCCUUGUUAUGAUCAUAAAUUACCUAGUAUGGUGCCUCCUAGAAUUCCUGCAGCCUGCUGAAGGCAUCGAAGAAGUCCCAGACAUAGGGCCACUACUCACUCAUUUAGAUCCAGUAGACGAUCCGUGCGAAGCUCAAGGGGAUUGAAUCCAGAAUCAAGGCGUCUUGCAAUCGCUGGCCUGGAUCACAUAGUUAACAAGUACAGAACUCGUGUGUGUUUUAGCUUGGCUCCCACCUCUGGAAUUCCUUUUGAUUGUGAAGUUACCUGGUCGUGUAGUUGGAACUGAAAGAGAAUAUAUAGGAUAAGGUUCUUGUUUUUCUCCUCCCAAAAGACAUCGCAUCGUCACACCAGCCAUAUAUAUAACAAGGCUCUCAGCAUCAGAUUGUUAUAAGGACCUGACCA